UGGCGCUAAGAUGCCGAUUCUAUUCGAAAAAAGCUAUAGUUUCUAUCGAUGACAUAGCUUUAUCCAAGAUAAGAAGCUCAAAUGCUCUUUGUCUACAUGCGAGGAGAGCAAGGGUCCCUGAUCCGGGCAGAGAGCGGGACAUCUACAUCAUUUCCCCUCAUUCCAAGAUCCAUACCCAUGACAACCCGUAGCAUCCGCCAUCAUACAAAGAGACUAUAUCGGACCGCCCUGGAGCUGUAUAAAUGAUAAUUGCGUUCUCCGCCCACGAUGGCUUGUUACACCGUUCGUUGCACGGCAUAUUAUGUCCCGAACAUGCUUAUCAGGUAUUAUAAAAGUCAACGGGGCCCUGGUUAGGUCGAAAAGUGGUGCUUGUUAGGUUAGACCUGUCUCGGUAACAACAAUAGUCAACAUGUAUCUUGCCCUUCUUGUCGCCGUGGCAUCUUUAAUUGUCGAUGCCAUUGGCGUCAACAUCGUCGAUUUGUCCGACGCAAAUUGGACGCUUCAGAAUGGUGGCAUGAAUAUAUCGGUCCCUGGAAAAGUCCCGUCUCAUGUGCACCUGGAUCUAUAUGCGUCAAAUGUGAUAGACGACCCGUAUUACGGACUUAACGAUUUCGAUUUGCGAUGGAUCGCCUUGUCAAAUUGGACUUAUACCUCUAAGCUUCUGGUACCAUCGUCGGCGGAGGAUACUAGCACGAUUCUUCUCUUCAACGGACUCGAUACUUUUGCUGAUAUCCGACUCUGCUCUCAGCCUGUGGCAAAUACGAACAAUCAAUUCCGUCAAUACUUUUUUAACGUCACCGAUAUUCUAUCUGGCUGCGCGUCAAGCCCCCCAGAGCUCCGAGUUCAUUUUGGCAGCGCCCCAAGAAUUGCCGAACAGAUUGCGAAUGAACCUGGUCAGGAGACCUGGCCGUGGGGGAUCGAAGGGUUGUUCGAAUUCACUCACAGGCAAUUUAUUCGGAAGGAACAGUCGGACUUUGGUUGGGAUUGGGGACCAGCAUUUGCUCCAGCGGGAAUUUGGCAGAAGGCAUGGGCUCUUCAACUUGGCGGGGACGAGAUCUAUUCUCGCAAUUCAUUGUUGGACAUAUAUCGUGAAGGCCAAUUGAACAAUCUUCCACCUGACCAGACUGCCAACUGGGUACUGAAUGCCAGCGUCGACGUGAUCGGUACCGUGCCGGAAGGCUCUGGUAUGAAUUUCAAGAUUGUUGACCUUGACACUCAGGAAGAAGUGAGCAGCGGAGCUUUGUCUAACAUUACGAACGAUGGAGAUGUUAUUACUGGUUUGGCUGUCCUUGCCGCAGAUGAUUACAAGCUCUGGUGGCCAAAUGGACUAGGAUCGCAGGAUCUUUACAACAUUACGAUUGAAAUAGUGUCGGGACCAGGCAAGAUUCUAACCUCGGUAACGAAGAGAACCGGAUUUCGAACGAUUGUUCUAAAUAUGGGUGCCAUUUCAGAAGAAGAGCUGUCUAAGGGAAUAGCUCCAGGGAACAACUGGCAUUUUGAAAUAAAUGGCCAGCCAUUCUACGCCAAAGGGAGCAACUUCAUUCCGCCAGAUGCCUUCUGGCCGCGGGUGACGCCUGAUAGAAUCCGUCAAUUAUUCAACUCCGCCGUUGCCGGGAAUCAAAACAUGCUUCGCGUCUGGGCAAGUGGUGCAUACUCUCCCGAUUUCAUGUAUGACAUUGCGGAUGAGUUGGGUAUUCUGCUCUGGUCAGAAUUCGAGUACAGCGAUUCCCUGUAUCCCGUCGAUCCGGAUUUCCUCGAGAAUUGCCGUUUAGAGGCUGUCUACCAAGUCCGGCGUGUUAACCAUCACCCGUCGCUAGCUCUCUGGGCUGGUGGAAACGAGCUUGAAUCUGUCGAACUUGGAGCCCUUACACCAAAUACACCUGAAUAUUAUCGCUACCAGCAGGAGUAUGAGACCUUGUUCUUACGUACACUUCUGCCAGCUGUUUAUGGCAACAGCCAUAGUAUCUCGUACACCCCCAGUAGCACAUCGAAUGGGUACCUGUCGCUCGAUUUCAACAACUCGAUCCCAAUGGCCGAGCGCUACAAUAACGCUACGCCUGGAGAGAUCUACGGUGAUUCUGAUCACUACAAUUACCACGCGGACCAGGCAUUCAACACGUCUAGCUAUCCGGUGGGGCGGUUCGCAAACGAAUUCGGCUUCCACAGCAUGCCAAGCAUCAACUCGUGGAAACAGGCCGUCUCGAAAGAAGAUCUACACUUCAACAGUUCGACGAUCGUUCUCCGAAACCACCACUACCCCGCCGGCGGGCUCAACACGUCGAACUUCGCCAACUCGAGCAAGGGCAUGGGGGAGAUGACCGUCGCGGCACAGCUGUACUAUCCCGUGCCGGCGAAGACGGAUCCCCUGGCCAACUUCUCGGCCUGGAUCCACACGACGCAGAUCUUCCAGGCCGAUUACUAUAAGAGCCAGAUCCAGUUCUACCGCAUCGGGUCCGGGAGGCCGGAGCACCAGCUCGGCAGCCUGUACUGGCAGCUCGAGGAUAUCUGGCAGGCGCCGACGUGGGCGGGGAUUGAGUACGACGGCAGGUGGAAGGUGCUGCAUAGCGUUGCCAAGGAUAUUUACCAAGAUGUUAUCAUCGCGCCGUUGUGGAAUCUUACGACUGGCAUCUUGGAAGUGUAUGCGGUAAGCGACCUAUGGGAUGAAGUGAAAGGCACGGCGAAUCUUGGAUGGGUUAGUUGGGACGGCACAGCAGCCAAUAUUGGUACGGAGGCAAAAGAGGUGAACUUUAUUGUCGGAGGGUUGAAUGCCACAUUAUUGGCAACACUGAAUAUUGGCGAGCUUAAAUCGAACUCAACUCUCAACGCGAGAGACGUCGUGUUUGUGGCGAAUCUAACGGCGUCGGGGACACCACCGAACUCUGAGGCGACUAAGACUUAUACGCAUAGCAAUUGGUGGACACCCACUCCCCUGGCCUCCGCUGCGCUGGUAGACCCUGGACUCACCGUCGAACACGACAAUAGCACCGAGGAAUUUGUGAUCAGGGCUGAAAAAGGGACGAGUAUCUGGACUUGGGUGAGUUUGGAGGAGGACGACGCCGACGAGGUCAUUGUCGCCUUUGAGGAGAAUGGGUUCUUGUUGAGAAAGGGGGAGGAGAAGCGUAUCAAGCAUAACGUGAUGAAGGAUAGUGGGAAGAAAGUAGGAUGGGAGAGUAGGGUCGGUGCAAGCAGUAUUUGGGACAAUACCUUGCCGUGAGGCAUGUGUUAACUUUUAAUAUCUAACUCAUUGUAGCUACAUAUUCCCCUUUAACCCCACCAAAUCCAGUUCUAGUCGGCAAUUCAUUGGUGAUAACUUGCAAAGUCUCAUGUAUUCCAGUCAUUCCGAAGCAAUAGCAAGAAGAUAUGGAUAGGAUUGGACUGUUAUGAAGUUCAAAAGACGACGGAGUUAGAUACUAGCAGCUAUUAAGCCCUUGCAUCGGUCCGGUCUUAGUGUACAGAAUAUUAGUAGGGUUGUAUUUAUGGGUAUUAUGGGUCUAGCUAGUUCACCAACAUCGAAUCACA